UAAGUUUAAGAUUGAUGCUGCGUGCGCGCGAGUGUGUCUGUUUGUGUGAACUGAGGAUCGCACGUGCUUGCGCGAGACCAGGCUCGAGCGCGACAAGUUGACGAACCGGAGCAGGACGAAGAGCUCGCGGCUGGUGCUGCUCACCGGCUGGAUGUUAUGGCUGAGAAAUAGGCUGUUUAACACUGUUAAGUGUAAUGUUUGGGCUGGAGCGUGUGUUGCCGAGGGAAUGAGACUGCGUGGCAGGGAUCUGGAGGAUUCCGCCGUCUCCUGGAUACCAAACGUCCUCGGCGUGCAGAGCGUCAGGCUCCGCCUUCGCCUUGAUCGCCGUGACGACAGGGGGAGGAGCCUCUGGCAGUUGGUGGAUCUGGACGAAGAGGCAGCGCCGAAUGGCCAGAGGUUGCGGGACAGGACACCGCCCACCUGUUCACAGAGUCUGAUGAGUAUUCCUGCAACGUCUGGACAGACGGGGGCUGGAGAGAUGCAGUCACCUGCGGCAGUUAGCCCAUCCUUCCUCCCACCCCCAACCGGAAAGGUUCCGGGUCGCAAGAGGGGACGUCCGCCACUCAAAAGGCACCCAGAGUAUCAGAACCACUACCCAGAAUCACUCCCACCUAUCAAAGUGCCAAAGAAGAGAGGGAGAAAACCUGGAUUCAAGCUGAAGUCUCGAUUGGCGAUGACUCCUCUGGCCAUCUCCCCUCCUAGCAGCACUCCAGAACCAGACAUGAGCUCCAUCCCCCAGGAUGCUGCCACUGUUCCACACUCUGCCACACCAGAGGUCCUUACAGUUUGUAUCUACGUAAAUAAGCACGUGAACACGGGUCCUAACUUGGACAGGCAGAAGGUUCUGCAGCUGCCUGAUCACUUAGGUCCAGCCAGGCCCUCUGUGGUGCUGCAGCAGGCAGUACAGGGCUGUAUUGACAGUGCUUACCAGCAAAAAGCGGUUUUCACUCUGCUCACACAAGGCUAUGGAGGAGAAAAGAUAUCAGCUACGUUUGACGGUAAGCAGCACCUGCUGAGUCUGCCGGUGGUGAACAGCGUGGGCUAUGUCCUGCGCUUCCUCAAGAAGCUAUGCCGGAGCCUGCUGUGUGAAAACCUCUUCAGUGACCAGCCCAUCGCACCUUCCUCCUCUCCCUCCUCCUCUUCCUCCUUCCACACCGACAAGCACUCGGACGGUCAGGCCAAGUCGACAGACUCUAUGGUGGAUGAUUACCACACUGAAGAAAUGCAGUCAAAGCGCUACUCUAGUGACCCCAGUGAUAGCACUUUCGGUGCUCUGUCAUCACCGUACACGGCACCUAAAUCCAGCUAUGGGUUUCGCUCUGGUCCCACCUACUCUGGGGGCGUGUGCAGACAGGCAGCCAGUCCCAGCACGUUCCAGGAAGGAAACAGAAGUGCCUAUAGUCCGUCACCGGAGGCAGGUGAGUUGAAGCCUCCCUCCAGUAAAGACCCGUCCCGCUGGAGCGUAGAGGAGGUGGUGUGGUUCAUUAAAGAUGCAGACCCUCAGGCCCUAGGACCCCAUGUAGAGCUCUUCCGAAAACAUGAGAUUGAUGGAGAUGCUCUCCUCUUGCUGAAGAGUGACAUGAUCAUGAAGUAUCUGGGACUUAAACUGGGCCCGGCUCUCAAGCUCUGCUACCACAUCGACAAGUUAAAACAGAACAAGUUCUGAUCUGCCCCUGGUACGCCAUAAGGCCACGCGCAACCACUUACAAGCACGCAUGCAUAUAUCCCCCAUCCCACCCUACUGUACUCCACCCUUCCCCUUAUAUACACAUACAUACAGACACAAAAUCACUUGCUCUCACAUGCACUGAGACAGACUAGUUUACGGCAUCAUCCACUCUAUUUUCAUUUACAGUGCUUUGUGUUUUUCAUAUUGCGGAUUUUUUUAAAACCCUCUCCUUCCUGGUGUGUCACUGCCCAUGGACUUUCAACAGACUCCUGCGGUCAUUUUGCUUACCUUUGGAUGUGUCACUGACCUGGUCAUUACAUUGAGCUUGUUUGAAAUGGAUAAACUGAGUGAUGACCAAGUCACGAAGAGCGCACCCAUCCUGGAAUUACAAAUACAGUCACCCAGAUAAGGAAAAAGGUGCGACUUAGUGACACCUAAGACGGAUGUUGGGACAGUUUACGGUGACGAGUUGUUGUAGACUGCACCCAUGCAAGUGUGGUGUACAUCUCUAUGGUGUAUGCUCAGUUGUGGAUUGUCUAAAGGUGGUGGCCACCUAGUGAUGAAACUGAGGCACUGCAGUUCUCUGCAGACCUGAGACACUGGACUUCAUUUUUUUCUGCAGAGUUUUUUUUCAGAGAGCAGCUACACGAGACAUGAUCACAUCCAGAAUGCGGUGUUUGAGUACAAUCAUAACUGUUCAGAAUUCAGAAAUAACUCAUACAGGGUUACGCUGUUUUCGUCUCAACCAGCAAAAUACAAGAAUCAGUACUUGAGGAUACAACCGUGGACCAAUCCUUCAGAACAAGUUUGGAUAGAAGAUCAGAGUUAGCACCACCAAAUCACACUACAAUACAGUUUCUACAAUAUUCAUGUUUAAUGCAAACCAGCACCCAGAAAAUGCAUGGAUACCAAUGCAGCCGACAAUGCAAACACUGGCACAAUCCAACUUUUAACCCAAUGGACCAAACACAGGUAGAACCACAGUGAGUUUCUUUACCAAAUCCCACUCACACCUGCUUCUAAUACAGGUAUCACUUCAGUCAGGUGCACAUAACGCAGAUAUAGUAGCAACACCAUCUCUACCUGCCUAUGCGUGCACUUUCAAUAUUAAUCCAUGGGGUAUUCGAAAGAGGUUUUUGUUCACAAAAAUAUCCUUCACAAAGCAUUAUGGCAAAACUUAAGAUGUUUUACUAAUAUCUGAAUGCUUCUAUUCAAUAUUAUACCAGAGUACAUUAUUAAUGUAUUGUUUUUGAGAUGUGCGUGGUGGCUACAUCCAGGUAAGAUUUAUGAUUCCCAAAAUCUGCAGUACCUUAUACAUAUAAACAUUGUACAGACUAUUUCUGGUCUUACUGAAGGCCAUUUAUAUGUCAAUUAAAUGAAUUAAUUAUUUUGGCACACAGGAGAUGUACAUAAUAAAGGAAACUCCACAUUAAAUACUCAAACUCAUUUGCCAUUUUAUCAGAAACACGUAACCAUACAGGUGCACGUUUACAAUUACUGUAACACAGUAGCCCAUCUGUUGACUUACCACCCCCCUCUACCUCGUCCUUCAAAGUAAACGGACCACCACAGGACCAUCACUGACUGCUGUGUUGAGAAUGGUCCAUCACGCAAAUAGCAUCUGGUCUGUGGUGUGCCUAUGGUGGUCCUUUUCCAUUGAAGGACAAUGUGGAAGGAAACACCACAUGAAAUAUUCUUACUCAUUGGCCGAUAUAUCAGAAACACCAUAUAGGUGUGCUCUGCAGGUUUAAGUUUGCCAACUGUUACGCAAGCCAGACUUCACUCAUUGGUGGAUGAAUAGAGGGGGGGCUGAUAAACUGUACAUCAACUGAUGGAUGACAGUCAGUAAUUUUAAACCUAUAAAGUGCACUUUUGUGGUGUUUAUGAUGAGAUGGCCAGUGAGUAUGAGCAGUUCAUGUGGCGUUUCUGUUAUUUUGGACACCCACUGUAUUUUCAAACAGUACAUUUGUGUGAAGGGUGACAAUUUGUGCGUGAACAGAAUCAACAGAAGGCAACUAUAAGCUGCCUGAGCUUCAGACAUUUUCUUUUGUUUUUUUAGCAUUUUUCAGUAUGGAGCAGGUUUACAACCUAAUGGUGGCUCAAACCUAAUGUAAAGCAUCUCAGUCUGCAUUCUUUUGUAAAUACAAUCAUUUAAAUGAUGACAAGCCACAGGUGACUAUUUGCUAAAUCACAGUGCAUUUGUCAAAUCAGCAGUGUCACAGAACAAAAAGGUGCAAGAGGAAAAGGAAUAAAUCAUGUACAACAAGCUUUUUGCCUAAAACAUGUAAUCAGCUCUCUGCUAAGCUUCACUGUAGUACGUUGCGCUGCGGCUAAAACUAAAGCUGCGCUGUCUCACUUGUACAGAAUCAUCUGCAGCUUUGCAUAGGAGAGGCUCUCUCUGUCUGUGCUGUUUCUUUCAGUGAGACAUGCCUCAUGCAGGCAAAAGAAAAUGCCUAAGUACUGUACAUCAUAUUGUAAUUAAAGACGCUGUUUAAAUAAGCCCUUCACUGUCAGCUGCCACUUCACUGGGAUUAGUAUGCCAAACUGCCUAUGGUUGUUCAGAUUUGUAGUUCAGUUCUUUGGGAAAGGCCUUCAGCUUUUUACAUGUAAUACCUUCUGUAGAGGUCAGUAGGUGAGCGUAAUGUGCCUGGCACUAGAAAGAUUUAGAAAAGGCAAAAAAGAUGUAUUGAAUGCCUAAGUGUAUAACUCAAAGCAUAGAGGUGCUGUUUUAAUAACUUAUUAAUUGUAAUAUCCACCCUUAUUUUUAUUUCCACACUUUGCAUAGCCCUUGCAUAGUAAGUAGCAUUGCACCUGUUUUAGACCUGUAAGUGCAUUCUGCCUUGCCUGAGUCUGGUGUAACGAAAAUAGUUGACAUAUUAAGCUUAAACCCGCAUGCUGUGUACAUACGACCACACUUGCAUAAAAACGCUGAUGCUCGCCUGUGCAGUGGUGCGGCCAAACAUGCUGGCUGGAGAGGAACAUGUUAUCCUGUGGAAGGAACUUAAUCACUUGGUUAACUUCUUUAGGUGCUCCUUACAUUCUGAAUGCCGACCACUAAGAAAAAGGCUGUACAAUAAAUUCAGUAGUACAAAGGAAACAGGAAUACAUUUCUGAACCUGUAGUCUUGUACACAAGGUAAAUUAUUUCUGCUCAGUGGUUGAUGUGGGUGUUGGCUUGUUGAGGUAACACUGAGAACCGAGGAAUAUCUUUUUCAACUUCAGCUAUAAUGGUUAGCCUAGCCUAGCCACACUCCUUCAGACUCAUGUUUCUAUAGUACUGUGGAAUUAUGGUUUGCACACUGUCAACUUUUAACUUUAUAAUUCUACAUGUGAGAAGUUGACGGUCCAGGAAUCUCAUGACUGCUUUUGACAGCAUCAACUAGAGGUGGGCAAUAUGGCCAAAGUAUAAUAAUGAUAAUCAAAGACAUUUUCAAUGUAUGCAGCAGUAAAUUUAAUUAUACAGGACUUACUAUGCUUUCUUUGUAAUAAAACCUGCAGUUGGUCUGUGUCUAUUAAGUACUGACAAUAUCCACAAUAUGCUCAGAAAAGCAUAUUGUGAAGUCAUUUAUCACGAUGAUAGAAUAUCGUCAUAUUGCCCACCCCUAGUGUCAACUACUUUCGUUACACUGGCACCAUUUUUUUUUUCUUGAUAGCCUUCACUUGAACACCAUAGGGCUGUCCUAACAGGUUCAUAACCAGUCCUGCAGUCCUGCUGUUGAUUAUGUAUGGCACUGCAGAGGGUGGAAUGUUUUGUUGUAAACAAAUCUGAAGGUUUGAAUCUGGUUAGCACUGUUUGCUAUGUCAGACGUAUUAGCGGGGUGUUAAAGGAGCUAAAAACAAUAUCUACUUUAUACAGUUUUCCCCAAAUGUAGUCAGUUGUCCAAGAAUUAAUAUCUGUAAACUAGGGUUGGGACCACUGAUUGAUUAACUGAUUGUUGAUUAUUGAUAUGGGACGAUUAAUGGAAUUUAUCUUUUUUUUUCCCAUUUUGUAUUCUUGAGCACUGUAUGCACAGAUCCCUUUUCUGAAACUCCAGUUCUGGUUUUACUUUUAUUUACACGCACAGCUGUGGGAUGUCCUGCACAUCACGGUGUUACUAUGUGUCAUGCUGGCAUGGUGCCAUAUUUACGGUAAUGCAAAAAUUUGUCUGCCCCUGGUCAAACAUUUUUUGUUGAUUUUCUAAAUAAAAGUUACACAUCCUGUUCUGCACUUCUUAAUAUACAGUUACUUUUUAUUAGCUGAUUUUAACAUACUGGGGAAAAAAAACAUAAAAUAUGGCCUUUGUACAUUUGAUGCUGUAGGUUUUAUUUUUUCUAAUAUGUUAAACUCAGCAAAUAAAUAGAAAUGGUGCUCUAAAAUGUUUAGGAAAAUGCCAUACCAGGUGGUAUUCAAACAUUUGCAUACAACUAUACGUAAAACAGCAUAAGAAGCAGUAUUUUUGUGGUAGUUUUACUUUAAUAUGUAGUCGUCGUGAAACUUUUUAAUACUACGUUGGUGUUUUUGCCUUUAAUGCACAAAAAACGUCCAAUGUCCAAGUCCAGUGUGCGUAGUUGACAUUGAGAAUGUGAAGACAAAGGGAACAAAGAAAUGCAUUCAUUGAGUAGUUAUGGUGACUUAAAGAUGUGGGCACUGGGUAACAGUCCAUUCUGCUAAACAAGUCACAAACAGCACGGUUAGAUCCACCAACAGUGUUAAUGUUUACGCUUUCAAAACUUAUAAAAUUCUGUGGAAAAAAGGCCUUAAGGCUUUGUCAACUCACUGGCACAAAUACAGCCAUCCUGGAUGUGCUGAAUAAGUACCUGCAAAAAGCCUGUGACUUAAAAUUAUAAAAACACUAUGUAUUAAUAAUUUUGUCCCAAUUUUUAUUGAUUUUUCAUAUUGCUUGUUAUCCCAAUCCUCCUAUAAAUAUGGACAAAAGUAGAGGCAAACUUCAGGCUUUUUACAGUGACAUACCUUUUUUUUAUAGAUAGCAAAGAGAAAACACAUUCUUGCCCCGUAGCUCCUGUGUAAGAUUAAAAAAACAAGGUUUGGACACAGAACGUCUUGGACGAUCGACUACAUUUGGGCUAAAUUGUGUAAAUGUGAGUUUUACCAAACUGUUCCUUUAAAGGAUUCUUACUUCGUUACUGCAGCCCUGGAGAAUGUUUCUCUCCUCUUUUGUGUCCGUUUUGUACUUUGGCCUCCGUGCCACGUCACUUUGGUGUCAUUUUUGAUAUAAUGCAUAAUGCAAGUGUAUGUUUAUGAAUGCUGCUCUUGCUGACAGUCUCACCCAGUGCUGUUCUUCAGAAUACAAGACAACCGUUCAUAUAUUAAAGGAGGUUUUAUGAAGAGGCUUUCGUGUCAAUACAAGACUUGGGGGACUGUAACACGGACCAUUCAUGUUGGUGCUAAAAUAUGACUGUAUUUAAUGAUUACUAAUUUUAUUCAUUUGAUUUUCAUUUUCUUAUGUUCAGUUCAUUGAUUUCAACGGUGUGGCUUCAGUGUUGUGAAAUAUUGUGAACACAGACAGGCUGUGGUCUGUCCGUUUGUGAGAUAUACAGUAUACAAAACAUUACAAAAGCAUCUGAAUAAAGCAUUAAUGAGCACUCAGUA